CAGUGGCAGCUCCUACAGAAAAGCAUUGGCAUUGUGGCCAUGCACAUGCAGUUACUCCACAAUGACCGCGUCCUCAUCUACGAUCGCACUGACUUUGGCCUUUCGAACUUAACUUUACCUAAUCGCAGAUGCCGCCAUGAAUCCUCCGAGAAAGUUGUGAAAACCGACUGUACCGCUCACUCGGUGGAGUAUGAUGUGACAUCCAACACUUUUCGUGCAUUGUUUGUCCAAACAGACUUGUGGUGUUCUUCCGGCUCGGCAAUAGCGAACGGCAGCCUGAUCCAAACAGGUGGGUACUUAGGCGGAGAGCGAAGGGUCAGGAUCUUCAAUCCAUGUCCAACAUGUGACUGGGAAGAAAUUGACGGUGGAAUUGUGGUUAAAAGAUGGUACUCCACGAAUCAUAUGUUGCCAAAUGGACGACAGAUUAUAAUCGGAGGCAGGCAACAAUUUAACUACGAGUUUUAUCCAAAGACAGCUGCAGAUCUUGGUAAAACAUUUGUGUUACCAUUUCUCGUUCAAACCUUUGAUGCUAUAGAUAUGGAUGACAACCUUUAUCCAUUUGUUUUUUUAAAUGUGGACGGUAACCUCUUUAUAUUUGCCAACCACCGCGCCAUAUUGUUCAACUAUCAGAAAUACCAAGUGGUCAGAACAUACCCUACGAUACCAGGUGGAGAUCCUAGGUGUUAUCCUAGUACUGGUUCAGCGGUGUUGCUACCUUUGAAGAAUUUACAAGCACCGUCUGUGGAAGCUGAGGUCUUGAUUUGUGGUGGAGCUCCCAAAGGGUCUUACGAGCAAGCAAAAGAGGGUACUUUCAUCAAAGGAUUGGAUACGUGUGCUAGGAUCAAAAUCACUGACCCGAAAUCCCAGUGGGUCAUGGAGACCAUGCCGGGUAGUAGAGUCAUGAGUGACAUAGUCAUGCUCCCUAAUGGAAAUGUUUUACUCAUCAAUGGAGCGUUCGAAGGGACUGCCGGGUGGAACUUGGGUCAAAACCCAGUUUUGAGCCCGUUUCUGUAUAAAACAAAUGGUAAGGUCGGGUCUCGGUUCGAGUUGCAAAACCCGACCACCAUCCCUCGGAUGUACCACUCCACUGCCAUUUUGCUUCGCGAUGGUAGGGUUCUAGUAGGUGGGAGCAAUCCUCACGUAGGUUACAAUUUCACCAAUGUGUUUUUUCCAACGGAACUGAGGUUGGAAUCGUUUUCUCCUUCGUAUUUGGAGCCUCGAUUCUCUAAUGAGCGUCCAAGUAUCGUUGAUCGUGCUCCCCAAUCCCAAAUCAAAAUCAAUUACGCUCAGAAGUUAAAGGUUCGAUUCAGGGUGACAGGAAUAUUAGCUCAAGAUUCAGUUUCAGUGACAAUGUUGGCGCCGCCUUUUACAACGCACUCGUUCUCCAUGAAUCAAAGGUUGUUGAUUUUUGAGCCAAAUAAUUUGAAAGCUGUUGGAAAAUCAAUGUAUCAAGUUGAGGUCACCACACCUCCUUCGGCGAUUCUUGCACCACGUGGUUUCUAUUUACUCUUUGUGGUCCACCAUGACAUUCCAAGCCAGGGUAUUUGGGUUCAAAUAAUGUGA